GUGAGAAACCGCGAACAAGUUUUCCAUCUCCAUCCGUUCACUCGAACCGUCGGUGCCGUUCGCCGGGACAAUGUCAGAGUUUUACGCAGGUUUCGCGCCACGGGGAGAGGACGUCUUGAGCCAGCUGCUGUGAUCCGGGAUCCGCUGCGCUCCCUUACAUCCACGGUCCCGCGGAGGAUGGACGCGCAUCCGGCGGCGCGUGUCGUCGUCGUCCUGCUGCUGCCGCUGCUGGUGGCGGCGCUGCCGCCCGGAGAGACUCUGCCCUGCCCCCGGCCCUGCUCCUGCCCCCUGCCCACGGAGCUGCACUGCACCUUCCGCUCCCUCGCCACCGUUCCCCGGGGCAUCUCCAAACAAACGGAGAGGAUCAACCUGGGGUUCAAUACCAUUAAUAGGAUAACAGAUGGAUCACUGGCUGGCCUGGGUAAGCUGGAGCUUCUGAUGGUUCAUGGGAACAACAUCCACAGUCUCCCAAAUGGGGCUUUCAGAGAUCUCACGUCCUUGCAGAUGUUAAAGAUGAGCUACAACAAGCUGAGUGAGAUCAACAGAUACACCCUUGAGGGUCUGUGGGCUUUGGCUAGGUUGCACCUAGACCACAACCGGCUGGAGUACAUCCAUCCAGAUGCCUUCCAGGGCCUCACCUCUCUGCGCCUGGUCCAGUUAGAGGGCAACCGGCUCCAGCAGCUCCAUCCGGCUACCUUCGCCACAUUUUCCCUCAUGGACCACUUUCACAUCUCCACUCUCAGGCACCUCUACUUGUCAGAAAACGGGCUGAUGUCGCUCCCCUCCAGGCUUCUGGCCACCAUGCCUCAGCUGGAGAACCUGUAUCUCCACGGGAAUCCAUGGACCUGUGACUGCCAGAUGAGCUGGCUCCAUGACUGGGAUAAAAACUCACCGGGUGUUCUGAAGUGUAAAAAGGACCGGGCCUACCCCGGGGGCCAGCUGUGCCCCAUGUGCUCCUCUCCCAAGCAUCUCAGGAGGAAGGAGCUCCUGGGUGUGGAAAACAUGGUCUGCAGCAGCCCUGUCAUCAGCUCUCUUCACAGGGGAGCCAGUCUGCUGGAGGACUCGGACAGCGAGCUUACGAUCACAGAGGAGUUCAAGGAACCCUUCGGCAAUAUCACCUUGGCCCUGUCAGAUGAACACGGGAACAAGGUGGAUCUGGAGUGUUCCAUUGGUGAGCCAAGACAGCUAACCAAACUUAACUGGGAGCAGGUCGACCAGCUGCAGCUGGCCUCCAACGUCACUCUAGCUGCCGAUCUAGAAUGCCCCAUUGACAGGGAGAACUAUGAGAGACUGUGGCGGCUUAUUGCCUACUACAGUGACGUGCCAGCCCACUUGCAAAGGGAAAUAAUGCUGACCAAAGAGCCACGUCCUAUUUACAGAUACAGACAGGAUAUGCAGAGGGACGCGCUGUACUACACGGGUGUGAAGGUUAACAUCAAGGCCCAGCCAGAGUGGCUCAUGCAGACAUCUGUGGACCUUCAGUUGAACAGGCCUCAGUCCUCUGGAAAAACUGUCUGGUUGAUCCUCAGGACUCACCUAUCUGAGAUCAUGGAAGUAGAACUGGUGCGAAGGCAGAAGAGGAUGUGGGUUAUGAUUGAGUCCGUAAACACCACUCGAAUGACGCUGAGUGCCAUGGUGGGCAGCAGCGGCCAAAUGAACUGUAAUGUGCAGAGCGCUGGCCAAGCAGUUAUCCGCUGGGUCCUGCCAGACGGCUCCAUAGUGGAGGCGCCGUACAGCAGUCCAGACAACAGGCUGUCUGUGUCCAGUGAGGGACAGCUGUUCAUUAAAACCAUCGACCUCACGGAUGCAGGCAUCUACUAUUGCACCGCCAAGGUUCAUGGAGACUUCGCCAUCCUCUCGUUCCGUUUGGCUGUACAAGAAUCAUCAAGCCCUCCCCCUGGGGAUGAUGGUCCCCCCCCUCCAAUGGAGGGAUUUGCUGGGGAGCCAAUUACCCUUCCUUGUACAGCGUCUGGCUCUCCCGAUGCCGACAUUAGCUGGAUUCUGCCAGGCAGCAGCAUAGUAGGUUUCAGGGAAAACUCUUCCAGAGUGCUUGUCUAUCCCAAUGGAACUCUACAAAUCCUGCAGGGUCAGAUAUCAGACAGCGGUUAUUACAAAUGUGUUGCAGUAAAUCAAAACGGUGUGGAUACAAUGGCUAUCAAAGUUACUGUGAACAAACGCACAGGGAUGUUAAGGACAAUGAGAAAGUUUCCAAUGAAACCUCAAUCAGCCUCAGGUAUUAACACUAAGAUUCAAGUUCCAAUGGAGGAUGCAGUGGAGGCGUCUGGGGAUCACGAGGUCACUAAGGAAGAGGCCACAAAGAGCCGCAUGGAUUUGUUGCGGAGGAGAGGUCCGAACACAGGCAGGAAGCGUGGACAUCCAUCCCGGAAUAAGUGGCGGAGACCACCAGUCCUGCAAAAACCAACCACAUCCCGGGUUCUGGAUGGGAAAAGCUCAGUUGACACCAGGAGAAGGAUUAAUGUGUCAAACCAUAAAAUAGACCCCGAGAAGUGGGCGGACAUCUUGGCCAAGAUUCGAGAUAGAACCACUCAAAACAGUACGACACCAAAUCCAGUUGGACACAACACCGAGAGGAGGCCGAAGGUUGAGUCGGAGCGCAAAACGCAGUCUACACUAGACGAUCUGGAAGGCUCAUCUGAGGAUGAUGCAGAGCUGCAGGGAGAGGACAAAGUUUACACCACAACGCCGCGCAACUCAGCAGAACACACUCAGCAGACGAAUGAUAUAGACAAUAUCCACCCCACAUCUGUUCCCCAGAGCAACACUACUCGCUGGCAGAUGUACACAAACAAUGUAAGCAGCAGUGUGUACUACGACAACUCCUUACAGGAGGAUAUAAGUAGUAAUACAGAUGUUGAGGCAAUCACAACAUCCGAAACAUCCAAGGCAUCUGACAAGACCAAACAUUCACCCAGUGUUGUCAGCAGUUCUGCUACGGAAAAAGAAAGUCAGCUCACCCCUACAAUGACCACAACCAAAACAGAGAGUGACAGAGGUGAAAACAGCAAAUAUUUUGGUGAGACCGCAACAUUUUCCUCACAUCCACAACCCGAGCAUUCAACACAAGACAUUUUGCAUUCUCAAGCACGGAUCACCACUGCUUUUCCUACAACUAAAUUGGUGCCAACACUAACUACAAGCAAGGGAAGCAGAGGAGAAGGGCCCAAUCGUCCCCGACGUCCAAACUCCAAAAGAAGGAACGGGGGCAGGAGGAAGAGGCCUAACGGGAGGAAACAAAAGCUGAAUCGGCUGACGCAGUUUAUUACAUCCACACCUGUGGGUGCUCCCCUAGCAACUACCAAGACCACCGCCCCCACCAUGCUAAAAAUGGAACCGACAGAGAAGUCUAGAGUCACAGCAGCCAGCUCCAGUACUGCUGUUCCAUUCAGCGGCAGCCAAGACACAUCAUUAAGCCGACUGAGUCACAAAGAAAACACAGUCUCCAGGCACGACGACAAGGCAGCCACCGAAGCUUCCAGCCUACCGUCCACACUGCCUGAAACAGAGGAUGGCCGUCUGACUCCGGCCAAACCUCACUUCAAAAACCCCUCCACCACACCACCCUUUCUGACAAUCUCUCCAGGAGUGGGUCACGGAGAAACGAGUUCUCAAGAGGCCUUGGGAAUCUCAGAGAGUGCAUCUCCUUCAGAGCGCUCUCCUCUGCCAGUGAAACCCUUAGAAGAGACACAAAGGGUAAGCGUUACGGGAGACAUUGGCCCUGUGCCACACUCCGACAAAUCCCCAGAGACUUCUCACGCUCCACUGCAAGUGCAAACACAUGUGGAGCAGAGCCAGCAAGGCCAUCGGUACCAACCCAGUGACACAACUGAAAAAGUACCUUUCAGAGAGCUCGACGGGCCUUUCCCACUACAGCCAUCCUUCUUACCUGCUCCCUCGCUUCCGCCUGAAACAAGCCGAUCCUUGGGCACACAUGUGCCAAGUGUUUUGAUAACAACCACAGGCAUACUUGAUGAGGAAGUUUCAGAGACAGAACAGAAUACCACAUUGGCGCCUGCGGCAUCUGAAAGUACUUACUUGAGCUCUGGUCAAAUUAAAAUCACUAACACCAUCUCAGACAAUGAGGAGCCUCCAACAGAAACAGCCUACAGAGCGGUGAGCAUUGCUGCUCCUACUAUGAGUACGAGUGCUCCUACUGUAUCAGCAUCACCUACCUCCAACAACAUAUCGAAGCUGUCCGCUGUGAUUCCACACACGGAGACUUCGCACAUCACCAUCACCAGCACCUCAUCUGCGGUGCAAAAAAGUGGACUCCCAUCGGGGACCACCUCCCAGGAGGGUCUCAAGUUCAACCACAUCCCAGAUGGCCACAACGAGAGAGCCCACAGAGAAAGAGACCCACAUAACACAAGCAGAUCAGAGUCCAACAAGGCAACCGCCUCCCAUCCCGCAACACACUCAACCAGCCACAGAACAAAUUUCGUUGAUUACACAGAUUUUACCUCCCCAGCUCCACAACAGUCCAACAGACUGAUUAUCAAACAGAACACCACUGCUGCCCCGACAACAGCCAGCACAUCUCGGUCCAUUUUGCAGACUGACACAUCCAGAGCUCACAUUCCCAUCAGAGAGAGUCAGAGACCCGGGACUGGGACACCCGUUUUAAGCCAAGAUAUGUCACGAGGGCAUCAGCGGCCUGGACAGGUCUCUCCCCCAAGAGGGAAGCCAAGAAUAAUGAGCCCAGAUUUGCAUACUGUUACUGUGAAAGCAGAGACGGAUGCACAUCUUCCCUGUGAGGCUGUUGGCGAGCCCAUGCCCUUCCUGUCGUGGACUAAAGCCUCCACUGGGGCAAGUAUCGCUCAGAACACCAGAGUCCAAAGAUUUGAAGUCCAUCCCAACGGUACACUCAUCAUCCACAACACACAACCCAUGGACCGGGGCCAGUAUCUGUGCACAGUCCAGAACCAAUAUGGUACAGAUAAGAUGGUGGUCAGCCUAGUGGUUCUAUCUCAGCACCCCAGGGUUCUGCAACCUCGCUACCAUGAAGCCACUGUGUAUCUCGGAGACGACAUCAAUCUGGAUUGUCAGGUCCAGGGUCACCCCACUCCCCGAGUCACAUGGGUGCUCCCUGAUCAAGUUCACAUGGUCGCUACGUUGCCCCCUACCGCUCCUCAGCAACGGGUGGUGCUGCUUACCAAUGGCACUCUCCGAAUCACUCAGGCCAGUCACAGAGACAGGGGCAUUUACAAAUGCAUUGGCAGCAGCAUGGCAGGGGCCGACACAGUCUCAGUGCGUCUCCACGUCGCCACUCUGCCACCCGUGAUCCAGCAGGCCCGCCAUGAGAAUGCCACCCUCCCAGAGGGCAGCGCCGCCUACUUUCACUGCACUGCCAAAGGUGCCCCACCACCUGUCAUUCGUUGGAUGAUGCCCGACGGAGUCCAACUGAUGGCCUCGCAGUUUAUGAAUGAGCGCAACCUCCUCGUCUUUCCCAAUGGAACCCUAUACAUGCACAGCAUCGGCCCAGGGAACGCUGGGAGGUACGAGUGUACGGCUAGUAACGGGGUGGCGGUUGGCAGGAGAACAGUGAUCCUUGGUGUUCGGAAAGGUCACUCUUCCGCCAGGGCCAAGAUUGUUUCCUCAUCGCCGCAAAGGACGGACGUGAUCUACGGAGGGAAGCUGCGGCUGGACUGCCUCGCUACGGGUAAGCCAGAGCCCCGGAUUAUCUGGAGGACUCCAACCAAGAAACUGGUGGACGCCCAGUACAGUUUUGACUCCAGGAUCAAGGUCAACCCCAACGGCACUCUUACCAUCCACUCCAUGAGCGAGAAGGACAGUGGUGAGUAUCUGUGUGCAGCACGGAACAAAAUGGGCGACGACUACGUUUUGUUGCGGGUCAACGUGCUCACUAGGCCGGCCAAGAUCGAGCACAAGCAGCAGCGCUCCAGUCAGGAGGUGGCGUACGGAGGGCACCUGAAGGUCGACUGCGUGGCCUCUGGCUUCCCAGAUCCUGAGAUCAGCUGGGCCCUGCCAGACGGCACCAUGGUCAACUCGGACAAGCAGCUCGACAGAGUCGGUGUAGGACGCAAUCGGAGGUACGUGGUGUUCGACAAUGGGACACUGUAUUUCAACGACGUGGGCAUGCGGGAGGAGGGCGACUAUACCUGCUACGCCGAAAACCAGCUUGGCAAAGACGAGAUGAAGGUCAGAGUCAAGGUCAAGGUCGCAGCAGACCUGCCUCAAAUCCAGGACAGAAACUUUGAAGUCUUCAAGGUGUUCUACGGCGAGACGGUGACGCUGAAGUGCAAUGCCAAGGGGAACCCAAAGCCUGUUAUCACAUGGAUGUCACCCACCAACCGAGCCAUUUUCUCCACCCUGGGCAAAUACCAGACCCUAAACAACGGGACGCUGGUGGUUCAGAAGGCCCAACGCUCCGACGGAGGGAACUACACCUGCAUAGCCUGGAACAGUGCAGGCCAGGACCGCAAAGCCACCAGGUUGGAGGUCCUGGUUACCCCGCCAACUAUCAAUGGUUUAAGGGGAAGCGUUAACACCAUCAGUAUGACUGCCGUCCAGAAUCAACGGAAACUGUUGGACUGUUCGGCGACAGGUACCCCCCUCCCUCGCGUCAUGUGGAUCUUACCGGAAAACAUCAUCUUCCCUGUACCAUACUAUAGUAGCAGAAUGACGGUUCAUAACAACGGUACCCUGGACAUCCGGUCGCCCAAACGGAAGGACUCAGGCCAGCUAGCUUGUAUUGCUCGAAAUGAAGGAGGGGAGGCCAGACUGAUGGUUAAGUUGGAUGUAAAAGAUGAUACAGACAGGCCACAAAUUGGAGGCCCCCAAACAGACAGUCUGUCCUUGACAGUGGGGAACACCAUGACCCUGAAUUGCUCCUUUGAGGGCACUGUGCAACCCCACGUCACUUGGAUCCUGCCAAAUGGCACGCCAUUGCUGGGCGGCUCUCGCGUCUCCAAGUUCUUCCACAGGCUGGACGGCUCUCUGAUCAUCAGCAACCCCUCUGUGGCUGAGGCUGGUACAUAUCGCUGCCUGAGGCACAGCGCCGGAGGCCUGAUAGAGCAUACCGUCACACUGACGCCAGGGAGGAAACCGGAGAUCAACAAUAAAUACAACUCCCCCAUCAGUAUAAUGAACGGGGAGAACUUUUUGCUACACUGCAUAUCUAGCGGUGAACCACUCCGACUGACUUGGACACUGCCGAGUGGGGUCGUCCUCGGCAGGCCACAGAGAGCCGGUCGUUAUAGUGUGCUGCCGAACGGGACGUUGGCCAUCCAGCAGGUGUCACUCUACGACCGGGGCUCCUACGUUUGCCAAACGGCCAAUGAAUAUGGUAGCGCUCUCCUCUCUGUGCCAGUCAUUGUGAUCGGAUACCCGCCCCGUAUAACCAAUGGCCCGCCUUCUGUGACACACGCCAAGCGGGGAGUUGCCAUUCAGCUGAACUGUGUAGCAACAGGGACCCCCAAAGCAGAGCUAGCAUGGGAAACCCCCGAUAAGACUCGGAUGGCGGUUAGCGCACAGCCACGCCUUUUCGGCAACAAGUACCUCCAACCGCAGGGUUCCCUCAUAAUCCAGAACCCAACGCAGAAAGACGCUGGCUUUUACCGGUGCACGGCCAGGAAUACCAUAGGCGUGGACUCUAAAGCCACAUAUCUCAAUGUGUUCUAAUGGAUAUUGCUUGAGAAAAUCUUCAUGAUCAUCCAUCAUCAUCAUCAUAUGCCCGAGGAACUGCCAAGCUGGAAGCGGCGAAUGCUUUCAGUCUUCAAAGUGUUUUAAAAACUGCUGUCAAAUUGCACAAGUGACUUUAUAGUGUUUGGAUUCAAGCUGUUUUACAUGAUAUAAAAGCAAAACUCAAGAUGUCAGCUGUAUGAUGUUAAGACCAAUUUCCAUCCAAUUACAUCUUGAUAACUGAGCUUGAUUCACAUCAGUGUUAUUGUUCAAAUGUACAAAGAGCCCUUUGCUUUGUUUAAAUAAUAGUCCCCCUUUCUGUCUCCUCUGACAACAGUUUCUGUCAAACUGUAAAGAUUUUAUAACUCCCAUUUUUUCAGGAAAUAUUCUUCUUAACUUAAUUCAAUGUACCAUUUUGAUUGGAUAUUUGUAUUAUAUUGUAUAAUAUUGAAUUUUUGGAUGCAAAACCACCAGUAAUUGGGUUUUAUUAGAUUUUUUCUAUAUCUUGAUGAAAGGUGCAACUUGAAUCGAGUGUGAACCUGGGGAAAAAUGAGGUUCAAGACUGUGGGGGUCUCAAUGGAGGAGUUAGUCACCCCCACAGUGGGAGGGGGGGUGAUGUCUGACUAACACUUGAGCAAUUUUCCGACUACAGCCAACUAGUCAUUUUUUAAGGGACUCCGAAUAAAAGCAAAAACAAGACUGUUAUAAUGAAAGGCCAUAUUCAUUUUUGUUUAACUGACUGAAUAAAGAACUUUGAGUAGA